UUGCUGUUGGCUUUUUGUAGCACUAGCAGUGACAGGGUUAAAAUUGUAGGACAGUCACUUUUAAAAGCUGAGUCGUCUAAGACUGGCAGUUUAUCUUCAUUCCCAGAGAACAGGCACAGGAACAUCCUUCUCAGAGCAGGCACGCUCAGAGACAGAAAAAAAGCACAAAGAACAAGAAACACACUAAGAGAGAAACUGAACGUUGGCUUUCUUUGGCCUGCUUCAGAUGGACCCAAACGCACUAGCCAAGAUGAGGAGAAAGGUGACUCCUCUGAACAAGCAGCAGUCUACGCCUGUUCUAGGCAAGGACAUGCCUCGGCAAUUCCAGAAGAUCUCCUUCAGUGAGGUGGAUGAGCAGGUGAAGCGGCUAGCUGAAAAAGUGUAUGCAUCAGCAAUAAAAGAAGAGAACACCAAAGGUGUCCUGUCUAUGUUUACCGUGCCUGAGGACUGCCCCAUUGGCCUCCAUCAGGCUAAGGAGCGAGAGCUGCUCAAAGAGCUGGCUGAGGAACAUUCUGAAGAGAGCGUCAAAAGGAAGAAGAGUUUUAAGCUGAUCCGCUCCCAGUCUAUAUCUCUUCAGCUCCCCGGGGCCUCUGAGUGGGCCAUGUCUGUGAUUGGUCCUCUCCUCACCCCGGAUACUUUUGCAGCUCCCGUCCCAAGCAAUGUCCCGGAGUUCCAGAGAGUCACCAUCAGUGGAGACUACUGUGCAGGGGUCACAGUUGAAGACUAUGAGCAAGCAUCAAAAAGCCUGUUGAAAGCAUUACUUAUCAGGGAAAAAUAUGCCCGUUUGGCAUACCACCAUUUUCCCAGAACCACUGCCAAGUUUCUAAGGAGUGCCAAUAAUGACACAUGGAGUGAAGAAGAAGACAUUCUUCCAGAUAGCACUCCCUGCCUAAGUGAGGGUGAGGACCCAUACAGUAUGGAGGACAUCCCUCAGAACCUGAACUACAUCCUGAAGAUGAAAGAUGGCAUCAUAUAUGUGUAUGAUGAUGCAGAAGCUUUGAGUAAAGACAAGCCACACAAUUUACCAUACCCUGACAUGGAGACCUUCACUAUUGACAUGACUCAUGUCCUUGCCAUGAUUGCUGAUGGACCAACGAAGACCUACUGUCACAGAAGGCUUAACUUCCUUAUGUCCAAAUUCUACUUGCAUGAGAUGUUAAAUGAGAUGGCAGAGCUGAAGGAACUAAAGAGUGUUCCACAUAGAGACUUCUACAAUGUCAGGAAGGUAGACACUCACAUCCAUGCAGCAGCCUGCAUGAACCAAAAGCACCUGCUCAAGUUCAUCCAGGACACAUGUAAAACAGAGACAGAUCGAGUGGUGAUGGAAAAGGGUGGGAAAAAGAUCACCCUAAAGCAGGUGUUUGAAAAUCUCCACAUGGACCCUUACGAUCUCACGGUGGAUUCGCUGGAUGUACAUGCUGGCAGGCAAACGUUCCAUCGUUUUGACAAGUUUAAUUCCAAAUACAACCCAGUAGGUGCAAGUGAGCUUCGUGAGAUUUACCUAAAAACCGACAACUGCAUUAAUGGAGAAUAUUUCGCACGUCUUAUUAAGGAGGUGGCACAUGGUCUGGAAGAAAGUAAGUAUCAGUAUGCAGAGCCCCGCCUCUCCAUCUAUGGCCGCUCUGCCAGUGAAUGGGAGAACCUAGCAAAAUGGUUCAUCCAGCAUAAGUUGUACUCGCCCAACCUAAGAUGGAUGAUCCAGGUGCCAAGGAUAUAUGACAUUUUCAGAUCCAAGAAGAUAGUUCCAAACUUUGCCAAGAUGCUUGAGAACAUCUUCCUUCCUCUAUUUGAGGCUACUGUUAACCCUCAGAAGCACAAGGAAAUUCAUGUUUUCCUGAAAUAUGUGACAGGCUUUGACAGUGUAGAUGAUGAGUCCAAACAUAGUGAUCACAUGUUCUCCUAUAAGAGCCCUAAACCAGAGGAAUGGACCAUGGAAGAAAACCCUCCUUACAGUUACUACCUCUUCCACAUGUAUUCCAACAUCAUGGUGCUGAACAACCUGCGAAAGGAACGUGGCCUCUGUACCUUUCAGUUCCGUCCUCACUGUGGAGAAGCAGGCUCCAUCACUCACCUGGUGUCAGCCUUCCUCACUGCAGAUAACAUCUCUCACGGCCUCAACCUGAAGAAGAGUCCUGUGCUGCAGUACCUUUACUACCUUGCGCAGAUACCCAUUGCCAUGUCUCCUCUGAGCAACAACAGCCUGUUCCUGGAGUACUCUAAGAACCCACUAAGAGAGUUCCUCCAUAAGGGCCUGUGUGUCUCACUGUCCACUGAUGACCCCAUGCAGUUCCAUUACACCAAAGAGGCGCUGAUGGAGGAGUAUGCUAUCGCAGCACAGCUGUGGAAGCUCAGUACGUGCGAUGUCUGCGAGAUUGCUAGAAACAGUGUCCUACAAAGUGGUAUCUCACAUCAGGAAAAGAAACAUUUCUUAGGUGAAAACUACCUACAGGAUGGACCAGAAGGGAAUGACAUCCGCCGUACCAACGUGGCCCAGAUCCGCAUGGCCUACAGGCACGAGACCAUGUGCAAUGAGCUCAGCUUCCUAGUGGAUGCAGUUAAGACUGAGAGCAUGACUGGACAUUCUUAGUGUGAAUAUACUGGAAUUUACAGUACACAUAGAGGCCAAACUAGAAAACCAUGAAGCAUGGUGUUAAGAGCUCAUUAAAAAUGCAGCAAUAAAAUGGGAUUCCUGCAUACAGGAAUUUGUAUGCUGCUUGUGACUGCACUUAGCCACACACUCAUGGCCAAAGUGCCUUAUGGAAGACUGAGUUCUCAGCCUAAUUCAUUCAGGAAUGGAAUAUUUACAGUAAAGAAAUGUAUACAACACACAUGCAUGGUUUCCAAAAACAGGGUGACUCAAGGGGUUGGUUUCUCUUUAAUUAUAUUCUCUCGCGCUUCUUAAGUAACAUUAAAACUUUUAAUGAACAGCACUUCUUGUAUGGUUUGCAUACGCACAAUACAUACCAUGCUUCAACUUGAGUCACAGAAUACUGUGUUAAACUUGUAAAACUGUAUUUGGGUGGUUACAAAGUCUUGUGUCAAAAUUGGGACAACGCUUUGUCUCUUUUAUUCUGCGCUAUGAAGUCUUUCCACCACAUGAGAAGCAUAGCAUUUGCAAAAUAUUGUGACUAGCAGAGUUGCAGGACCAGGGCGCAUAUCUGUCUUCUUUUCUUUUUUUGCUUGCAUGUAAUGUGUGUACACUUCUAUUUUCAUCCACUGCUAGCUAUAGGGAUCUGAAAACUGCUAGCAGAAAACUUUUUUUUUUUCCUUUUUCCGAGAAUAAAGUGUCAUACUUGUCUGAAAGUGUGUUCUAGUCUUUAUAGGACAAUUUACACAGCAUGUCACAUAUUUUAAUAAACAUUUCUUUACAAAUACA